GGUUCUUCCCGAAGCCCGUGGUGCAAAGGCUCGCGCCCGUCCUCCGACUUCUCCCCGUCCCCGGAAAGCUGGGGUUCUAUUGGAAGCCUCUGCUUAAAGUUCUUCGUUGACUCCCCAUUCCGAGUCCUGGGGCCGUGUCCUGGCGGUCGGUCCCUGCGCUCCGUCUGCCUUCCAGUCUCCUCCGGCCGCUCAGCGGCGGUGCCCGGUGCCCGCGGUGCAAAAUCGGACACAUAGGGCCCCCCCAGGGCGCUCAAGCGGCGGGUGGGCCCGGUGCUUCCAGGCGCCCGCGGCUGCGGGUUCCUGUCUGCGCCUCCUGGUUGCAGCAGCUGCUGCGCUGGCGACCUGGGCACCAGCCUGUGCCUCCUCUGCCCUCCCGCUGGAUGGGAACCAGUGUUGGAUGUUUGUGUCCGGUGAACAGCAGUUGCAUCCAGAGAACUUGUUUCCCAUCCCCAGAGAUCACAGUUACGAUUAAGAUUCGUGAAUGAGAUAUUUACCUGGCCGGGGAGAUACCAUGAUCACGAAGGUGGUUUUUCCCAGGGCGAAGCUUAUCCAUUGCAGUCCGGAUAUGCUGACCCCUGCGAUUUCCCCAAAUGUGGGAAACUUGACUGCAUAAUUUGUAGUAGUGGGGGACUGCGUUCAGGCCCUCCUCUAAAAAGAAAAAAAAAGACUCCCGACUGAUUAGUGGUGGCUCCUGUGCCAGUGGCAGAGACCACUGGUAGCACAGUGGUCCCAAACCUCUUUUGGAUCUGAGACCCUUUAAGAAUCUGUUGAAAGACAAUCUCGGGAAGUUCACAGACAGAAAUGAUUCUGCUCCGAUCCCAGCAGUUGUUGUUCGUGGACCUGAGUUGGGAGCGUGUGUAGAACACUCUGUGAGGCUGUCUCAGAGCCGAAGCGAUGAGUGAAUUUCGGAUCCACCAUGAUGUCAACGAGCUGCUCAGCCUGCUGCGUGUGCGUGGUGGGGAGGGGGCCGAGGUGUACAUCGACCUGCUGCAGAAGAACCGGACCCCGUACGUCACGACCACUGUGUCCGCACACAGCGCCAAGGUUAAAAUAGCGGAAUUCUCUCGUACUCCAGAAGACUUCCUGAAGAAGUACGAUGAACUGAAGUCUAAAAACACACGGAACUUGGACCCACUGGUGUACCUGUUGUCAAAGCUCACGGAGGACAGAGAGACGCUGCAGUACUUGCAGCAGAACGCGCGGGAGAGAGCCGAGCUGGCAGCCGCGGCUGCGGCCGGCAGCACCACCAGCCUCAGCACCCCUGCCCCGGCCACCAGGAUCUCCCUGCAGGAGCUCGAGGAGCUGAGGAAGCAGCUCGGCAGCGUGGCCGCGGGCUCCACAUGGCAGCAGUCUCUAGAACUUACAAGAAAGAUGCUCCGAGACAAGCAGAACAAAAAAAAUUCAGGCCAUCGCCUCCCUGUCUUCCCUGCGUGGGUGUACGAGAGGCCCACACUGGUUGGGGACUUUCUGACCGGCUCGGGUGUAAGCACAGAUGCAGCUGCGCCUAUAGGCUCACUGCCCCUGGCCUCCCAGGAGGCAGCCAUCGUGGAGGACCUGCUCUACGUGCUGGUGGGUGUGGACGGCAGGUACAUCACUGCCCAGCCCCUCACUGGGAGACAGAGCCGGACCUUCCUUGUGGACCCCAACCUGGACCUGUCCAUCAGGGAGCUGGUGAACAGGAUCCUCCCAGUGGCCUCCAGCUACUCCACCGUGACCAGGUUCAUUGAGGAGAAGUCUUCCUUCGAGUACGGGCAGGUGAACCAGGCGCUGGCGGCUGCCAUGCGGACCCUGGUGAAGGAGCACCUGAUCCUGGUGUCGCAGCUGGAGCAGCUGCAGAGGCAGGGCCUGCUGUCGCUGCCGAAGCUCUGGUUCUAUGUGCAGCCGGCCCUGCGCACUGUGGACAUCCUGGCCUCGCUCGCCACCUCCGUGGAUAAAGGCGAGUGUGUCGGGGGGGCCACCCUGAGCCUCCUGCACGACCGGAGCUUCAACUACACGGGAGACAGCCAGGCGCAGGAGCUCUGCCUCUACCUGACCAAGGCCGCCAGCGUGCCCUACUUCGAGAUCCUGGAGAAGUGGAUCUACAGGGGCAUCAUCAACGACCCGUACAGCGAGUUCAUGGUCGAGGAGCACGAGCUGCGGAAGGAGAAGAUCCAGGAGGACUACAACGACCGCUACUGGGACCAGCGGUACACGGUGGUCCAGAGGCAGAUCCCCUCCUUCCUGCAGAAGAUGGCGGGCAAGGUGCUCAGCACAGGAAAGUACCUGAACGUAGUCAGAGAGUGUGGUCACGACGUCACCUGCCCAGUGGCCAAAGAGGUCAUCUACACCUUGAAGGAGCGGGCAUACGUGGAGCAGAUCGAGAAGGCUUUUAACUACGCGAGCAAGGUGCUGCUGGACUUCCUGAUGGAGGAGCAGGAGCUCGUGGCCCACCUGAGGUCCAUCAAGCGCUACUUCCUGAUGGACCAGGGAGACUUCUUCGUGCACUUCAUGGACCUGACGGAGGAGGAGCUGAAGAAGCCGGUGGACGACAUCACGCCCACGCGCCUGGAAGCGCUGCUGGAGCUGGCCCUGCGCAUGAGCACCGCCAACACGGACCCCUUCAAAGACGACCUCAAGAUCGACCUGAUGCCUCACGACCUCAUCACUCAGCUUCUGCGGGUGCUGGCCAUCGAGACCCAGCAGGAGAAGGCGAUGGUGCAGGCCGACCCCACGGAGCUCUCGCUGAGCGGCCUGGAGGCCUUCUCUUUUGACUACGUGGUCAAGUGGCCCCUGUCGCUGAUCAUUAACAGGAAGGCCCUGACGCGCUACCAGAUGCUGUUCCGGCACAUGUUCUACUGCAAGCACGUGGAGCGGCAGCUCUGCAGCGUCUGGAUCAGCAACAAGGCCGCCAAGCAGCACGCGCUGCACUCCGCCAAGUGGUUUGCCAGCGCCUUCACCCUGCGGCAGCGGAUGCUGAACUUUGUCCAGAACAUCCAGUACUACAUGAUGUUUGAGGUCAUGGAGCCAACCUGGCACAUUCUUGAGAAAAACCUGAAAUCCGCCUCCAACCUGGACGAUGUGCUGGGCCACCACACGGGCUUCCUGGACACCUGCCUGAAGGACUGCAUGCUCACCAACCCCGAGCUGCUCAAGGUCUUCUCCAAGCUCAUGUCCGUGUGCGUCAUGUUCACCAACUGCAUGCAGAGGUUCGCGCAGAGCAUGAGCCUGGAUGACGAGCUGGGCCGCCGGGCCCUGGAGCACAUGCUGGGGCCGCCCACGGAGGCCGAGCGGGCGGGGGAGCGGGCCCGCAAGCACCUGGCUGAGCACGUGGACUCACCUCCGCUGGCCUCCAGCUUUGAGGCCACUGUCAACAAGUUCGACAAGAACUUCUCAGCCCACCUGCUCGACCUGCUGGCCCGCCUGAGCCUCUACAGUACCAGCGACUGCGAGCACAGCAUGGCCAGUGUCAUCUCCAGGCUCGACUUCAAUGGCUUCUACACGGAGCGCCUGGAGCGCCUGUCUGCAGAGAGGAGCCAGAAGGCAGCGCCCCAAGUGCCCGUUCCACGGGGGCCCUUGGCCCCCGCACCCACACCCAGAGUCGCUGUCACCGCGCAGUGAGGCCCUUGGCGCCCUGCACCCGUCACAGCUGAAGGGGGGACGAGGUGGCCAAUGGGUGCUGCUGCGGAUGAGUGAGUUUGGGGUUCUAGUCAGAAGUCCCGGAGUGUGUGCUGCGCUCACUGUUCCAUCUCGGCGUGCAGUCUGGACGUCACCUGCACCCAGCUUGCAGCGUCUCUGCGGGCGCGCACCUGUGAGCCCACUGAAGUGGAGCAGGGGCACUUCUGGGGGUUUGUGUUUUGGCUUCAAAUAAAGACAGUGCAUUUCAGCAACAACAA